UUAGACACUGUUCUCAUCGCCACCCCUAGCCUUGACAAACAAAAAAAAGUAGAAAUCUUUUGCAAGACUUGGGACUAAAGUCGCUUUCUUUCUGGUUUCUCUCUACCACUCAAUCCAUGGAAGCCCUGGCAAGCUCUGUGUUCAUACCCGAGACGUUUCCACUUCAUAACAACAACAACAACCCAGUUACUUCAAUCAGAACACCCAAUAACCGAACUGGGUCUCUCAAAAUCGGCCAAAGCUGCCAUUUUGUCGGCCUCCGUGCUCAAGCUCUCUCCGGCGAGGCUUCUGGGUCCGGCGAGAAUGAAGAUGCAAGGCCUCUCAGUAGUGGCUUUGGCUUAGAUAGUCUCUCUUUGUCUCAGGGUAAUUUAAAUCACCGUGAAAGUGGUGAGAAGGAUGUGGAUGAGGCAUUUAAUGUAGACAGUUCUCUUACAUCCCAUUCUGCAAAUGGAGCAGGAGGAACAAGAGCUGGGCUCUUUAGGACUCCAAUUUCUGGCGGGGUGCAGAGUGCAACUUCAGCUCAUGGUUUACCUCGUCCGUCCCUAGCUGUACGCAAUCUUAUGGAGCAGGCCAGAUUUGCUCAUUUGUGCACUGUGAUGUCACGCAUGCACCAUCGACGAGAAGGAUAUCCAUUUGGUUCGCUGGUUGAUUUUGCACCUGAUUCAAUGGGCCAUCCUAUCUUUUCGUUUUCCCCAUUGGCCAUCCACACACGGAAUUUGUUGGCUGAUCCAAGAUGCACGCUUGUUGUGCAGAUUCCUGGAUGGAGCGGCUUGUCAAAUGCAAGGGUAACCAUUUUUGGUGAUGUCUACCCACUUCCAGAGGAUCAGCAGGAAUGGGCUCAUAAGCAAUACAUAGCAAAACAUCAACAGGGGCCUUCUCAGCAAUGGGGAAAUUUCUACUACUUCAGGAUGCAGAACAUAAGCAGUGACAUUUAUUUCAUUGGUGGCUUUGGGACUGUCGCUUGGGUUGAUGUGAAAGAAUACGAGGCCCUUCAGCCUGAUAAGAUUGCAGUUGAUGGAGGGGAGCAAAACCUGAAGGAACUUAAUGCAAUCUUUUCGAAGCCCCUAAAAGAGCUACUGUCCCUUGAAUCUGAGGUGGAUGAUGCUGCUUUCAUCUCUAUAGACAGCAAAGGGACUGAUAUUCGGGUCCGUCAGGGAGCACAGUUCAACAUUCAGAGGCUAUCAUUUGAAGAAGGCCAUUCUGUCGAGACAUUAGAGGAAGCCAAGGCUGCUCUCAGAAAACUUAUAAACAAAGGCCGAGUGCAUAGUUUGUAGAAACGAAGAUGGGGACUGCUUAUGGUGCAUUUGUUUUCCGUCUUUCUCAGUGAACUGAUGAACCUGGAUGGUGACUAGAAAAUGAGUCGCUCUCCUUUGAAAUUUGAGAGAAAUAACCACAUCCGUUUUCAUCAACAUAUUUAUGUUCUUAACCUAUAGGAUUGAGUUGUAAUAGAAUUGAUGUGCAACGUUAUAUUAGUUUGGAAUGCACAGAAAUGUGUUGCUCG